AUGAGCACGCCGGAGGAUAUACGUUUGCAAUGUCGCAAAGAGAUUUUGACAACACACACUUCUGGGUUAGCGCCAGGGUAUAUGCAAGCAAAUCUAAUAAUUCUUCCAAGCUCCGUGGCUGAAGAUUUCUAUGCUCUUUGCAAAAGAAAUCCUGUCCCUUGCCCAUUAAUUGGUAGAACAGUUGGAGGACCGACAGCUUUAGACAAUGAACUUUUGAUAACAAAUAAUUCAAAGAAUGGCUUUGAUAUUAGGACAGAUUUCCCACAAUACUGUAUUUACCAUAAGGGAAAAUUGCAAGGGACUGCUAAUAAUUGCUUGAAGCAAUGGCAGGACGGCUAUGUUGGAUUUUUAAUAGGUUGCUCUUAUUCGUUUGAAGGUGCUUUAAUUGAGGCAGGCCUGCCCCCUAAAAACAUGAUUAGAGGCACCAACGUUACUAUGUACAAAACUAGUAAAAUAAUGGAUCCAGCUGGGGUUUUCGUAGGCUGUCCAUAUGUCGUUAGCAUGCGCCCAUAUAAAAAGAAGGAUAUUGAUACUGUUAGAAAAGUGACGAGCAAAUAUGCUCUUACUCAUGGUGAACCAAUUGAUUGGGGUUACGACGGUGCAAACAGGCUUGGAAUCCACAAUUUGAACACGCCGGAUUAUGGAGAUCCUAUUGACAUACAAGAGGAUGAAAUUCCUGUCUUUUGGGGCUGCGGUGUGACACCACAAUUAGCUGUCGAGACUUUGGGCGACAUUAUAGAAACUGAAGUUAUUUCACAUUCUCCUGGGUGUAUGCUCGUUCUUGAUGUAACAUAUGAUGAUUAUUCAAAGUUGAAAGAGUAA